UUGGCGGCGUCACGGCGCGAGCCAAUGGCGGGCGGGCGACGGUUUAAAUGGUCGGAGGCCGUUGGGAGCGAGUCCUGAGGGGAGAGAGAGAGAGAGGGAGAGGGGAGAGAGAGAGAGAGAGAGGGGGGGGGAAAAAAAGAAAGAAUAACAUGAGGGGACGCGGGACCGAUCGCAGUCGGAGAGUCUUUCUGAAGUGACAUGGAACCUCAGGGAGAGCGAGAUUGGGUUGCUGUUGCCAAUGAUCUUCUUAGCAAGUGCCACAUUAGCCUAGAGGUGACCAGGCUGUCUGAUUGUGAUGCCAGUGCGUUUGUUGCUCUUUAUGAAGCUAUUCUUGGUGAAAGGGUCCCAGAUUACAUAGCGGCUCCCAAGAGUCAGGAAGAUGAUGCCCACAAUGUGCAGGCGGUGAUAGAUUCAUUGGCAUUGGAUUAUUUGCAAAUCAGUUUACCGCAUAUAACAGGAGAGAACAUUGUACGAGGUGAUAAAGAAAGCAUUCAGAAUCUGUUGGAAAUCUUUGAUGGUUUGUUAGAAUAUCUCACCGAGCAAAUCAGUGAGGCCUCCUCCCAGCCUGGCAAUGUGGAUGAGGACUUUCUAUCCAAAGAAGGACUAUCUAUCAUUCGAGGAGUUCUUCAGAAGGAGCUCAGAGACCAACAUGACGAGAGGGUGCCUGAAGCAAGAGAAUCCUCAUCAAAUGAGACUUGUACCUCUCUAAGCUCCAACAAGGAUAGGGGUGGAUCUGAAUCCACUGGGGAGCUAAUCCGCCUUGGAGAAUCUGCGUGUACAUUUAGCCGCAGAAAAGACAUAGAUGUUUCUGUAUGUACCCAUAAUGGAGCUGUGCAAACUGAUGGUGAGCUGGAUGUCACGUGGACCCAGAGGAGGAAUGAUGACAUUUGCUCUUUGCCCCUUUGUAAUGAUACUGUAUCAGGCUCAAGGCUAGAAGACAUGCAAAUUCAAGGAAGAUCUGCCACCUUCGUAACUCCCAGAAAUCUUUCCACGAGACCCAAUGCCCUGCAGCUCGGGGAACCCAUUCGCUCUGCUAUUCCCUUGCAGUCACCUUACCGCCUGGCAGAACACAGGACUGCAGCCGAAGCCCCAACUUUGCCUGAGCCUCGUCAACAAAGAGAAAGUCCAACUUCAAUGGUCAGUCAUUCGAACCAGCCUAGCUCCCAUCGAGGAAGUCCACGUCUGGCAGGAAGGCAGAAUGCGGACACAUCCACUGUCUGCAAUUUUCUAGAGCGGUCUGCCAAUGUUCCUGCUAAUGGGAUUCCUUCAAGAUUGUCCCCAGAUUUGAUGCAAGAAGGAUCACAGCAGGACUAUGAAUCCGCAGUACAUGAGAUUGAGCGUCAGCAAGUCAUACGGAGUCCCACCAGGAAUGCCACAAAGCGAGUUGCAUUUCAAAUUGAGCCAGACAUCAAGUUCAUGACUGCCCAGAGUAAUGCUGAGCGGUGUGACGCUGAGGAAGGCAGAUCGAUUGAUCAGUACAAGGUGUCUAGAACGCUGGGCUCAGAGAGGAGUUUCCGGAGUGAUCCUGAAACCUCAUUACUUGAUCAUAAUCAUCACAUCGAUGCAUUUGAAAACACCCCACUGAGUCACAGAAGAGCAAAGAAUCUUUUGGCCGAGCAGGAACUGCACGAGUUCUCCGAAAAACUUUCUCGAAGGCUGAAUCAGCUAGAUUUGAUACUGAAACAAGCUCUGGGUGAAAAAUAUGAAGCAUCUAAUUUAAAGGAUGAAGAUAAACUGUCUCAACACAGUGACAGCAUUACAGAGUAUCGAAGAGUCCAGCGCCUGCCAGUUACUCCACAUCUGAAGAAGCCAUCGCGUGCUCGCUCGCUCUCGCCAUCGCCACCUCGGUCCUCAGUUCGGGCCGAGUGUGAAGAUGCUGUGAAUGGAGAAACCAGUGGGGGACAACUGAGGAGAAUCCAUAAGGAUCUCCAGCAGGAACUUGAUCUUCAAAAGAUGAAAGUGAAGAUGGUUAGCCAAUUGUACAUGGAGGAGCUGGAGGAUUACAAAACCAAAGAGAGAUCUCAACUCAGUGAAGAAAAAGAAAAAGCUAAGAAAACGGAACGAGAAUAUAAAGAAAAUAUCUUCAAAGAAGCUUUGAGAACGCCACACGCUAGAAGAGUUUAUUGUGCAAAAGGCAUGCCACGAAAACCAAAGCACAACCAAUGGUCACCAGGAGGCGCGGUGACGCCGCGGAAAGCAACACCAAUGAAGAUCAAAGACAAUGACCUGCUACCUCUCCUACUGGAUGAGUUCCCCUAUCUGCAGAUCUCCCCCCAUACCAUGAAUAGGAUGUGGAAACAGCAGUUCAGACAGAUCGAACAGUUAACCAGGUCAACGGGUGAACAGAACCGCACACAAACCAAGCUGCAGUCGGAAAUUGAAGAUGCUCAGAGAAAACAUGACCUCUUGGUUCAGAUAAUUAAAAAGGAACGGGAGCACAAUCAGCGACUGAAAGACUUCAAAGAACGCGUCCAGCAACAGAAAUUUGCACAGAACAAGGUGAAGGAGCAAAGGCAGCAAGUGGCUCGUGCGAAGAAAUAUUACAGUGAUUACCACGUGCAGCUUCGGGCUAAAAUGAUGCGAGCGAAAACUCGAGAAGAGCGGGUUUUCAAAAAUCUGUUUGAGGAAGGACUAGAGCUGCAGAAGCACAGAUUGCAUGAACUAAAGAUGUACGCUAAAGAGAAACGCGAGGAACAGAAAAAACGGCAACGGGAAGAACUGGAAUCUAUGGAGAACUACUAUAAAGAUCAGUUUUUGAUGCUGGCUGAAACGGUAGCUCAGGAGCGACACAAAGUCCAAAUCAGGGAGACUGCACAAACUAAGGCACUCCAGAAGAUGAAGAAAGAACUGCGUGUAAAGAUGGAGAAAGAGAUCCGCGAGCUUCAGGCAAUGAUAACACAGGAUGAUGAUGAUGCAUACUUCAGAGAACUGGAGGCUGAGAGACAGCAGCGACGAGUACAGAUGGCUUCAUUCCAGUUCAGCAAAACUCAGUCUUUUUAAACAUUUGACCAAACAGUGCUUUGGUUAAGCAGAGUUGGAAACGGCUGGUGUUAGCUUUUUAUUUAAAUGCCUUAAAUAACUCUGUUAAAUAACCUUUCAAAAACCACACAGUGAAGGAGCAGACCUGCAAUGGGAAGUGAAGCAUAUUCGUGUAAGCCAUUAAUGCAGGGUGUAAAUUUAUUGCUUGGCAUUGGUUCAAUAUUUUCUUCAACCUAAGACAUUCAAAAAUAAUCAAACUACAGCUGCUAUAUUGUCCUUUUCAUUCAUCAAACUGAAUGUGUCCACUGAGCUCGUUUAAACCUCUAUUUUAAGGUUUAUAUAAAUACAAAAUGUGACCAGAGGUUAUGACACUACAAUCCUUGCAGCGUUGGUUUGGUAACAGGGAACAUGCAACUUCUGCAACGAAUCCUAAAUGUCUUUAUUCCAUGUUUUUUUUUAAAAAAACACUUCCAAUAUAGCUUCCUAUUUGCAAGCACAAUGUGACUGUUUUAAUGUCAGAAGUUGAUUUUAGAGCCUAAUACAAUGCAGUUCAUUUUUUAAUCCUUAAGUGGAUAUUGUAUAUACAAAUUAAUGAUUUUGUUUGGUAUCAAGUUGUAAUAAUUUAACCAUGAUGUGGGUUCCUAAAAUGAUCAUGUUUUUUAAAAAACUAAUUUAACUUAUUAAAUUUGUUUUGAAACAUA